AUGCGACGAUUCUCUCGGUCUUAUUGCAGCUGGGUUGGGAUCGCUUACGACAACCAAAUUGCUCAGCUUCCGUUUGGACUGAUUCUGAAAUGGUCUGAUAGCACUAGACUGGAAGAGGUGCUAGCUAUGCAGGUAGCUAGAGCAGCUGGCUUCCCGGUUCCAAGAGCGAUUUGCUAUAGAGACCAUCCAGAUACUCCACAUGCUCCUGUCUCAAUAUUGAUGGCUCGCUUACCUGGUAACGAAUUAGGCCAAGUGUAUGAAACACUGAGUAGUGAAGACAAAAAGUCGGUCUUAAAAGGGCUCAAAACCUACUUAGAGGCGAUGCGUGGAUGGACAAACCCGUGGGGUGGAAAGAGAAUCUGCUCUCUGUUAGGUACUUCGAUUAGGAGCGUUCGCAUUCCUAACCACUUUGCUGGUCCAUUUGAGUCCGAGGAAGAAUUUAACGAAUAUCUUAUCCGAACUUCUUGGUCGGGUGGUUUCUCGUCCGAAUCGGCAUACAAUAAUGCACUGAGCCUUGCUAAAGGUAUAGACAAGAUGUCACAUCGUAUUGUCUUUACCCACAGCGAUCUUAAACCACAUAAUAUCCUUGUCAGUGGGAGCCGGAUCACAGGCUUUCUAGACUGGGAAUCGGCAGGUUGGUACCCUGACUAUUGGGAUUUCACCACAGCAUUGAGAUUCACACGGGAGGAAUUUUGGUGGUACAGCUUCGUGAUGGGCCUAGGUGGUGGCGCGUAUUUGGCGGAGUUGGAAUGUGAACGUGCAUUGACUUCUCUAACAAGUGCUUCAUACUACUGGUGA